AUCUUGACGGGUGUCCGAACUGCGACUCUGUGUUUUCUUCCCUGGAGACGGAGCAGAGAGAAACAUCCAGACUGAUGAAGGAGAACAAAGCUCUGGUUAACGGCAUCUUCCAGCUCCAGACCGAGGUGACCGGUCUGCAGACGAAGAUCAGAGAGCAGACUGACAGGUCGGCCAGGCUAUCAGAGCAGCUCAGCAAGGCAGAGACCCGCCUCCAGGCCCUGGGGAACCAAUCAGAGGAGAAGGAUGACAGCAUCAACGGUCUGACACAGGAAGUGGAGCGUCUGAGACAGGAAGUCAAGGAGGAGUCGGGCAGCAGCAGUGUUUUUCACACCGCCCUGGAGGAUCUGAAGAAGGAGAGCCAGGCGGCGCUGCAGAGAUCGGCCCAGAAAUCCCAACAGAUCCAAGACCUGCAGACAGAAAAGACACAGCUGCAGACAGAAAAGACACAGCUGCAGACAGAAAAGACACAGCUGCAGACAGAAAAGACACAGCUGCAGGACACUCUGACCCAGCUGCAGACAGAAAGGACACAGCUGCAGACAGAAAAGACGCAGCUACAGGACACUCUGACCCAGCUGCAGACAGAAAGGACACAGCUGCAGACAGAAAAGACGCAGCUGCAGACAGAAAAGACACAGCUGCAGGACACUCUGACCCAGCUGCAGACAGAAAGGACACAGCUGCAGGACACUCUGACCCAUCUGCAGACAGAAAAGACACAGCUACAGGACACUCUGACCCAGCUGCAGACAGAAAGGACACAGCUGCAGGACACUCUGACACAAAG